AUGUUGGAGGCAGCAUUUCGCACAAAGAACUUGAACAAGACUCCUCCAUCCAACUUGGAGGGGCAGCACGGUGAAGAGCAGGAACCGGACGGAGCUGUCCUCUACCAGCGCCUCUGCCGCCUCCUCCAACGACACCAAAAUCUUAAAGAGCUCGGGUUCGUGCCGUAUGCCGACGCCGGAGCCUACGGUGGCAGUACGGACAAUGGCGACGAUGAGCCAUCCGACGGCGAGCUGGGCCGUCCGUUCUUCGCGUGGGAGGGAAGCCUGGGCAUGGCCUUCUGGGCUCUUCCCCCGCUCUACCAAUACGCAUGGACCACCCUCAUUCCUCUCCUCCGCAUUCCUCAGCCACAGCAACAGCUGGAUUGGGGCCAGCAAGUGAACGACCUUUCAAGGGUGGUGCUGCUCAUCAACGCCGACAACUACACGGCGUGGAAUGUGCGCAAGCGGCUCAUCACAGAGACACACUCGUCCAUUGAGCAGGAAUUUAAGUUGGUGAACCUCGUUAUGUCUAAACAUCCUAAGAGCGGAGAGACCUGGGCGCACCGUCGGUGGCUUCUGCAUAAUCUCGCCAGCCACACCGACGGGCCUAUGUCGCAGGAGGUGAUUCAGGGCGACCUGGAUGCUUGUCUUUCCGUGGCGCAACAAUACCCCAAGAACUACCACGCGUGGACGCACCGCCUGUUGCUCACCCACACCAUGGGCCUGGAGCAGGUGACCAAGGAGCUGCGACACCUGGAGACCUGGGGGAGGCGCUAUGUGGGCGACCACUCCGGGUGGCACCACCGACAGGCGCUUCUUCUGCGAGCUCUGCAUGUGAGCGGAUUUGUGGAUGCGACUUCAUCGGUCUAUCGACCCGACCCGCAGCUCUACGCCAAACCCGACACACCCGCUCCACAUUCAUCGAGGGAGGAGGUGAUCGGCCUGUGGCGCCGAGAGUUCUGGCUGUGCCGAAAGCUGAUCGUGGUCUACCCGGGCCAUGAGGCCCUUUGGUUCCACCGCCGCUUCGUCAUGGACCACUGGAUCAAGUACCUCCUGCCCCACUCGUCGGCCCUGACCGCCACCUUCUACGAUCAUCAUCAACAUCAAGAAGAUGGUGACGGAGACGAAGAGGAUGAGAUCGGGUUCAGACCCGACGAGCGGGGCGAAGACGAGGAGGUGGUGUUGAGCCGCGAGGCGCGGUUCAUCGAGCGGUGCUGCACAGACGACACACAGGAGCGAUUCGAGGCACAGCGCGAGGCCGGCCGGGCCUAUCUCGCCUGGCUGCUACACUUUGUGCUGCCCCACGAUCGCCGCCUGGUGGUGGCGGGGCACGAAGAAGAAGCCCUGGACCCCACGCUCGGCCCGCGUCGUCGACAUGCCUCGAAUUCCUAG